CGUCUAUGACUCGGAAAGAAUCUGUUUUCUCCUUAUUGUCACUCUAUUAACAUACGUAUAUAUUAAUCCUUAAACUAGUAAACUGGAAUGUAAGUCCAAUAUUCCUUAAAAUAUUUAUUUUCCCGCGCAGACGCGAAGUGGUUGUGAUUUGGUGGUGACUGAAAACGAUUCAGCUUUCUUCCAAAAUUUGUAUAUACCGACAAUACGAUUUACAUUCAACAAAAAUAAGAUACACAAUUUUAUUAUAAAAUGGAGAGCAAAACGUUUCUGUGGAAGACUUUUCUUUUUCUGAAAGUGAAAAGAAUUGGAUCUUGUUCCUUACUAAAUUUGGUCGGAAAAUAAAGAAAAAAUAUAUUCGACAUAUAAAGCCAUGAGCAAAAAUGGAUACCACCAACAGACCCCAACAUCUUUGUAUAAUAAUGAACAAUCAUUACGAGGGAGAGUCGAAGUCACAAUGGUUCAAAGGAAUGCCACUGAUGAUAAAAAAGAUACUAGAGGAUCAAAUAGAUUUCGAUUAACAAAGGAAAAAGUAGUGCUACUGGUGGGGCAGGCAAAGCUUAAAAGCAAAUCGAGUGUCCCAUCUAAUGUUUCCAUGGUUCGUAAUGGUCGUCAACACGUUCGGCGUGGUGUUCGUGCGCGCUGUGCGUCCCGUGUUUCGAAUUGCCGGUCGGUUAAAAAGACAUUCCGCAGAGCGUAUACAUUAAGUAUUAAUCUUUUUGGAUAUCGUAAUUCAUACACCACGAGACGCUCUUUCAUCAAUCAAAAAAGUGCAGAACAAUUUUUCCAACUUCAACAUCGAAGGUUUAAGAACAUUUCUAACAGGAUUAACUCUGAGACAGUUACUCAAUCAUCAUCGACUUUAUUAUUACCUUCAGAGACAAAAUUGUUCAGAAAACGACGUGUUGGAAUUGUCGAAAAUCAGUACGAAAACGAACAGUGCCCUAUCUUUUCUCCAAUUCGGGAUCUCAUUCAUCGAUUCACAGAACUUCUCUCGGAGAGAAAUACUUGGCAUGAACAUGAGGCUUCUAACGGUUUUAAAAUGAAAUCCAAAAAUUUAGUGAAUCGUGACAGAAUGCUAGACGAUACUUGUGAUCUAGCAGAAGCGAAGGAACAAGUUGAAUUUAAUGUAGCUAAGAUGGCCGUAGCACGGUCUUACAGUAAAAGUUCUCAAAGCGACGAAGGCAUUGAGCCCGAUACAAUCCCACGAAACAAUUCUUUUCGUCGAUGUUGGAGCCUAGAUUCUGCUGCACCAAGUGAAGAAGAUAUCUUACGAAAUGCGGAUCAACAAAUGGAACACAAACUUCAAGUAUCUAGAUGUUGCAGUUCUGACAGUGCUGUUCUCAGCGAUGAGGAUCAUAACAAAGGCUGGGAAAAUUCUAACUUGGGAGAAAAUGGAGACUAUGAAUUUACUGAGGGUCAGCCAAGAUUUUGGAGGACACCAAGUGUUGUAGUCAGUGAUUACUCUGACUAUUCCUAUUUGGAUGAGAAAUUUGAAAGAAGUAAUCUAGAUAUAGAUAAAUUUACUGACAAGAGCAGAACACCAAGCCAGGCCAGUAGCUGCUCCUGUUUGGACUGUGACGAAUUUAAAGAGUUCAAUGACAUCUUGUUAUUACAAGAUAGCAAACUUCCGCAAAUAUGUCGUCACAGGCGUCACUCAGAUUCCUGCUACCUCUGCAUAAGUUCAACAAAUAGUGCCUCUGAAAGAAAUGUUAACAUGGAUGGAAACAGACGGAAUUCCUGCCUGGCAUCUCCAAGUUCUUACUCCCCGCAGUGGAAUUCAUUGAAAUUAAGGAACAAUGAAGAUGAACUAUUGGAGAAGCAGGAUAGGACAACAAUUGAUCUCUUGGAACUACCACCCCCUCGCAAGAUUUCUGAUUGCUCAACCAACUCCAGCCUCAGUGGAGACGAUUUUGAAGUCACUGAGCUACUGCCAGUUAGGCCUACACGGGUUAUACCCCCACCAAGCUGUUCUGCGCAGACACUUGGAUAAUGUAUCGGACACAUGGAUGAACACGCGUAAGCACGCUGCGUUAGCACACCUAUGUCGUAACAUAGUACUAUGUGAUUGAGUGUGUAUUUUCUGGGACACCGUGUACAGCCAUGUGUACCACCGCGUGUUCGUAUAUGCGAUGUACAUAGUGUGUCAAAAAUAGAGUUAGGAGCUUAUAUUUUGUUUGAGUUUCAUUAUGGUGCUCUCAUGAAUUAUUACUAAAACAGAUUUACAAUUAGACAUAUUGAGAGGAUUGCUAUUAAGGUGUCUCAAAGAAAAUGCAUGUGGUUAAUUCAUAAUAGAGCUCUUCUUUAAUUUUCUGUUGAAAUUUCUAUGCAAGACUUUCUUUUGCGUUCUCGUCAGAUAAUAAGAGUCUUAUUAUUUUUUAAUUAAUGUCCUGUGGAUAAAGUAAUGUGUAUGGACUCGUGUGAGUAGCAUGAAGAGAGCACGACAUUAGGUAAACAAGGAAGAAAAUUAGUUUCCUCGUUAUUCAUUAUUGACACGUACCCAUUGGCCAAGGAGACGCAAAUAUGAGAGGACUAGCAAUUCGGAUAUCAUCAACUAAGAAG